AUGGCCAAGGCACCAGCAAAGAAGUUCUCCGGAGGCGCCCAGAGGGAGUCUGCAGGCGGCGAGCAGCGAAAGACUGCCGUCUUCAAAAUGAACACUGAUCUCGGUCAGCAUAUUCUUAAAAACCCUCUGGUGGCCCAGGGUAUUGUCGACAAGUCCGACAUUAAGCCCAGUGAUACCGUUCUGGAGGUCGGUCCCGGUACUGGUAACCUGACUGUUCGAAUUCUCGAGAAGGCUCGAAAGGUGAUUGCUGUGGAGAUGGAUCCUCGAAUGGCUGCCGAGCUGACCAAGCGAGUGCAGGGCAAGCCUGAGCAGAAGAAACUGGAAAUCAUGCUGGGAGACUGUAUUAAGACAGAGCUUCCUUACUUUGACGUUUGCAUUUCCAACACACCUUACCAGAUUUCUUCUCCCCUGGUUUUCAAGCUGCUGAACCAGCCUCGACCCCCGCGAGUGUCAGUGCUGAUGUUCCAGCACGAGUUUGCCAUGCGUCUUCUGGCUCGACCCGGUGAUUCUCUGUACUGCCGACUGUCUGUCAAUGUGCAGAUGUGGGCCAAGGUUUCUCACGUCAUGAAGGUCGGCCGAGGUAACUUUCGACCUCCUCCCAAUGUUGAGUCUUCGGUCGUCAAGAUUGAGGUCAAGAACCCCCGGCCUCCUAUCGACUUCAACGAGUGGGAUGGUCUUCUGCGAGUCUGUUUCGUUCGAAAGAACAAGACUAUCAACGCCGGCUUCAAGACCAGCGCUGUUCUGGCAGUUCUCGAGAAGAACUACCAGACCUGGCUCUCCACCCAGGGCGAGAUCAUUCCUGAGGGAUCCAACCUCUCUGACGUUGUCAAGCAGAAGAUCAACAAGAUUCUCACCGACACCGGCAUCGGAGAAAUGCGAUCCGCAAAGUGUGACCAGACCGAGUUUCUCACUCUGCUGAAUGAGUUCCACAAAGCUGGCAUCUACUUUGCCUAA